UCUCUCUCUCUCUCUGUCUCUCUCUGUCUCUCUCUCUCUCUCUCCUUUUGUUAUGGAUCCCUUUAGAAACAUUUUCAGCAUAGAAGGAUGCAGCAGUAGUGAAUCUGGUUGGACAACAUACAUUGCAUCUCCCAUGCAAGAAGAUGAUGCUGAAUGCAGAAAUAUUGAAGAUGCUGAUUAUGACAACCAUAAUCGCAUUACAUAUCACACAAAGGAUAAAAUUGGAAAAGAUGACAACGAGAGUGAUGAUUCCAUGGCUUCUGAUGCUUCCUCUGGCCCAAGCCAUCAUCACCACCUUGUUUCUUCUAAAAGUAAAGACAGCAAAGCCGCUGCUGGUUUCGGUUUCAAGCGCGACAACAAGCAGUCUAAGCACAAGAGCACAAGAAAACAAGAGAAGAAAAGUGGUGAAAAGAGCACGAAGAGGAAGUGAGAACUCAGUGCUAGGUCAUGACACUUGAAGGAGGCACUGCUACCAGUCCUGCUCAAAAGGGGCAAGUUAUAGUUGUUAAUUAAAACUAUAAGCUUGCAGAUGAGAAGAAAUGUAUAUUCUUUCUUUUAUAUCUACCAUUUCAGACAAGGAAGCAUACAUAUUUCAUUA